UACUUUUGGGCCCUUGGUACCUUCGCUCAACCUUCACCGCGGCUACCAACUCAGGAGGGGCACCUUCAGAAAGCACUGGGUGCACUGGUCGUUAAGUGGCUUAAUAUUUAUCCUACGUCGGCAUACCCCUCACAUUCACAAUGUCCCUACUGUCUGUAAGCAGGCUUGCGCCGAAGAUCCUGAAUUCUAAGAGUGCAGCUUGUGUCUUUGUGGCAGCAAGAAAUGCUUCUUCAGCAACGAACCUGAAGGAUGUCCUGACAGACCUCGUUCCUAAAGAACAGAGUCGUAUCAAGAACUUCAAACAGCAGUAUGGCAAAACCAACAUCGGCCAGAUUACAGUCGACAUGGUGUAUGGUGGCAUGAGAGGAAUGAAGGGUCUGGUGUAUGAGACGUCAGUGCUGGACCCAGACGAGGGUAUCCGUUUCCGUGGCUACAGCAUUCCAGAAUGCCAGCAGCUGCUACCCAAAGCGCCUGGGGGGGCGGAGCCACUGCCUGAGGGCCUCUUCUGGCUUCUGGUGACCGGACAGGUGCCCUCCGAAGAACAGGUAAACUGGGUGUCUAAGGAGUGGGCAAAGCGUGCCGCCCUGCCCUCCCACGUGGUCACCAUGCUGGACAACUUCCCAACCAACCUGCACCCCAUGUCCCAGUUCAGCGCCGCCGUCACGGCCCUGAACAGCGAGAGCAGCUUCGCACGCGCCUACUCCGAGGGAGUGAACAAGGCCAAGUACUGGGAGUUUGUGUAUGAGGACUCCAUGGACCUGAUUGCCAAGCUGCCGUGCGUGGCGGCUAAGAUCUACCGCAACCUGUACCGCGAGGGCAGCAGCAUCGGCGCCAUCGACUCUUCCUUGGACUGGUCCCACAACUUCUCCAACAUGCUGGGCUACAGCGAGACCCAGUUCACUGAGCUCAUGCGCCUCUACCUCACCAUCCACAGUGACCAUGAAGGAGGGAACGUCAGUGCCCACACCAGCCACCUGGUGGGCAGUGCUCUCUCUGACCCCUACCUGUCCUUCAGCGCAGCCAUGAAUGGCCUUGCAGGACCUCUGCACGGCCUCGCCAACCAGGAGGUGCUGGUGUGGCUGACUGCACUGCAGAAGGAGAUGGGUGGUGAGGUGUCCGAUGAAGCGAUGAGGGAUUACAUCUGGAACACACUCAAGUCAGGAAGGGUGGUACCAGGGUACGGGCACGCAGUGCUGAGGAAGACGGAUCCACGGUACACGUGCCAGCGCGAGUUUGCCCUCAAACACCUGCCCAAUGAUCCCAUGUUCAAGCUUGUGGCACAGCUCUACAAGAUCGUGCCCAACGUACUGCUGGAGCAGGGCAAGGCCAAGAACCCCUGGCCCAACGUGGACGCCCACAGCGGGGUCCUGCUGCAGUACUACGGCAUGACUGAGAUGAACUACUACACGGUGCUGUUCGGCGUGUCCCGCGCCCUGGGGGUCUUGGCCCAGCUGAUCUGGAGCAGAGCCCUGGGCUUCCCCCUGGAGCGCCCCAAAUCCAUGAGCUCCGAUGGACUUAUGCAACUGGUCGGAGCCAAGUCUGGCUAGAGGAGGAGGAGGAGAGGGAGAAAGAGAGGAGCUGGAGGAAGAUGGGGAAGGCAGAAGAGCUGAAAUUUGGGGGUGGGGGAGAGAAGGGAGAUGGGGCUUGUUUUCAAAAGAGAGACCACACACUUUUAAGAACUCAAAAGAAGGGCCUUUACCGCAGUUCAAAUAGCUAACUUAUUGUUAACAGGGCAGUAGCUGAUGAUUUAAAAGCUCAGUCAGUAAGAACGGCGUAGAACUGUUUUUGUUGUGUUUGAAGGGUCUGGGGGAGGGAGGGGGGGGUGGUAUCAUAUUGUGGAAAUAUAGACUUUAACUUGGUAUAACAAAGAUGUUCAAAUGUACAGUUGAUAUAUGUUGCCGUCUCAGUUUGGGCACAGCAGAGGUGGAUAAGCAGUAAGGUAAUUUAAGAUCAUUUAAGGUGUAUGUUAAUGAACAGAAGAGGAUCCAGCUCCAGCUAAAAAUCAAAAAUGGCUGAUAUUUUUUGUUUUGUCCAUUUGUUUGAUUUGUAUUGUCUGUCCCGUCUAGGUAUGGCAUUUUAGGAUGUACGUUCGUUUGAUCUCUUGUCUUUCCAGAGUGUAGCGCUCCUCUAUUUUUGCAGCCUUAUCCCAUUUUGUCAUAUUUUGCCCUUUUUCUUUAUUUUGAUUCUGGAUGGGGCGUUGGGGUGUGAUUGUAUUUCGUGGCUCCAGGUGGUUCAGAAUUGGUUUAACCCUGGGAGGUUUUAUUUUUUUAACGUGGGCUCUACAACAUUAUCGCCUGCACAUUUAAGAACUAAUCAGUAACUGGAAAUUCAUAGCUUGACCGUUCUCUAUACUGGCUCAAUAAGCAAUAUGAGGGACAUUGAGUAUCAUCAAUGGCUUGCCACCACAGUAUUAGAGCAAUGCGCCAGCCGCAAAUUUCUCCUUUAAAAUGAAUGUAAAGCAGGAUAUGAACACCUGUUAAGAAGGGGAAGCCACUUUAAAUUUGUACCACACAAAAAAAGAAUAAUACACUCCAAGAAAGCGAAGGUCUUUUUUUUAUUGUAAUAUAACCACUCAUGUUCAACCAAGCAGCCCUAAAACAAAUUGAAAACCCCAACUCCUGAACAAAAGUGUGUGUGUGCACUGCUUUCUAACCAGGUGAUGUAUCCAACCAGGUCUUUAGGAAAUCACAUGUAUUCCAUUCAACGUACUUAGUGGGCCGAGUCCAUUGGAUAACUUGGAAUUCAAGUUUCGCCCUGACUCAAGGUCUCCACACUUCUCAUAUUUCAGUAAAUACUGAAAAUAAAAAUUACAUAUUUAACAAGAAAGGCUUGAAAAAACGCCUUAUAUAUGAAAAUCUGAAGAGCUGAAUUUUAAUUUGAACACCAAUACUGGUACAUACAUACUCACUUUUUGUCUGUGCUGUGUAGUGAUGCAAUUAAAUAACUACCAAAUACGGAUGGCGACGGGGAAGAGAGGAGUUCUUACACAGCGUUGUGUUGAGUUCGUACUCGUAGCAUAGGGCCGGGAGAGUGUUGUGUACCGUGGGGAGGGGGCUUGUUUGAGUGUUGACAGACGACUGCAUCUGUAAAUCUCUCACUUCGCACCACUGUCAAUAAAGCCUGACUCCACUUGAGUUUAA